GGAACAGGCAAGGAUGGCCAAUUUCCCCGAAGUUUCUCAGACCCCAAACCACCGAUCCAGAAUAGAUCGACCGCAGAGUUUGCGACCCACUUGAACCACAAUGUGAUGCCUGGACGAGGGGCGCAGGACAAGUGGACAACUCCCAUCCACAGCCCAAACUGGCGGAUGGAGCAGCCUGGCCCUGGCCGGCGUCAUUCGUGCAGGGCAGUAAAACUUCUCCAGCCUCGGGACCACCGUCCAGUUUCCACCCCGACUUUAUGACGCACCCCAGAAGGAUAUCGAAGCAUCGGUUAUGCCUGGGUGGACCGACAGGAGGGAAAAACCGGAGUCUUUACCCACGGAGUAAACGGGCUCGCCCCUUCCCCCGUGUUUUUGUUUUAUAUCCCCCCCAUCUCCCCCAUCCUCGACCCUUCUUCUUUCCUCUCUCACUCCUCUUUGUCCCUUUUCCCUUCUUCCUUUCGCCAUCUUUUCAACAUGGACAAAAUGGACAAAUCUCAACCCGCCCUCUCCUCCCAUACGGAGAAUGCCGAGUCCGGCCCCUCCAGCUUGACAGCCUCCACAGCAUCGGGUCGCGUGGCCGGUGGGAAAUACCUCGAGGGCGUUGAUACUUCCGCCCAAGAUGGUCCCCUCCAGACCGUCGACUUUGAUUUCCCUGUCACCACCACCCAACGCCUCGUCCAGGAUGGCAACCAAUACAUCGUCCUCGACUUCGCCCCCGGUGACAAGGAGAACCCCUUCAACUGGGACCCCAAGUACAAGGCCUUCAUCUCCGCCCUCCUGUGUCUCAUGACCCUCUUCAUCGGUCUCGCCACCACCGCCUACAGCUCCGGUAUUGGCGAUAUGGCUUCCGAUCUGGGCACCACCGAAGAAAUCGCCAAGCUCGGUCUCUUCACCUUCAACUUCACCUGCGCCCUGGCCCCUCUCUUCCUCGCCCCCUUCUGUGAGCUGGCUGGCCGUCGCGUCGUCUACGUCGGCUCCUAUGCCUGCUUCGCCCUGAUGUUCAUCGGUCUCGCCCUCGGCAAGAACAUCGCCACCAUCAUCGUCUGCCGUGCCCUGCUCGGUCUCUUCGGUUGUGUCGGCACCAUCCUCGUCGGUGGUACCUUCGGUGACAUGUACUACCCGGAGGAACGCGCCAUCCCCGUCGCGACCUUCUCCUUCAUCGCCAUCCUCGGUACCGUCGCCGCCCCCAUUUACGCCGGCUUCAUCGACCAAGCCCUUCACUGGCGCUGGGUCGAGGGUAUCCAGGGUCUGGCCAACAUCCCCCUGGGCAUCAUCAUCCUCUUCUGCCUCCCCGAGACCCGCGGUAGCGUCGCCCUCGGCAAGCGCGCCAAGCUCCUCCGCACCCAAACCGGCGACGACCGCUACGUCACCGAGAACGAUCUCGAGGCCCCCUCCCUCAAGGUCAUGCUUCACAACUCCUCCGUCAAGGCCAUCAAGAUGCUCAUCACCGAACCCGUCGUCUUCGCCUUCGGUCUCUGGAUCUCCUUCGCCUGGUUCCUGACCUUCCUCUUCCUCAGCGUCAUCCCCAUCACCUUCCAGACCAAGAAGGGCUGGAACGAGGGUGUCUCGGGCCUUCCCUACAUCGGUCUCGCCCUGGGUGCCACCAUCGGCUUCGGUCUCAACUUCCUGCAAAUCCGCAAAUACAACUCCCUCGUCGCCACCGGCAACGCCCGCCCCGAAUCCCGUCUCUACGGCGCCCUCUUCGGCGCCGUGUGGCUCCCCAUCGGCCUCUUCAUCUACUCCUUCACCCAAUACGCCGACCUCCCCUGGAUCGCUCCCUGCAUUGCCCUCGUCCUCAUCUGCAUCGGUAUCUUCUUCAUCUUCGAAUCCUGCUACAGUUUCACCUCCGAUUGCUACGGCGAGAGCAGUUCCUCUGCCAUCGCAGGACAGGGUUUCAUGCGUAACACCCUCGGUGCCGUCUCCCCGCUCUUCGCCUCCCAGUUCUUCACCAACGUCGGCAGCCAAUAUGCCGGUCUGAUCCUCGCCCUCAUCGCUACCUUCCUCACUCUGAUCCCCUACGUCCUGUUCUGGUAUGGUCCUCAGCUGCGCGCCCGCAGUAAGCUCGCCAGUCGGGUCGUCCAUGGCGGUAAUCAGAGUGAGAAGGGUGCGGGUGGUCCUGCUGGUCAGGUUUAAUGCCCUCCUACCCCAACUCAACUCAACUCCUUUGAGUUCAUCUCUCCUGGAUGGAUUGAUAUGUAUAUAUGAGAUGUUGGUGUUAUGAAUUUGUUUUGUGGCCCCAAAGUAUAUAAGUUAUACCUCACUUUCACGAUCUGUUAUAUAUUAUAUAAAAAAGGAUUUUUCAUGAGCA